CUGGGCCAGUCCGGCAGUCAGAGUCCGAUCCGAUCCCAACAAUCAGUGGAUCCAAACCGCGCGAACCAAAUAGCCGAUAAGAGCCCGAGGACUUCCCGAAGGCUCGAGUGAAAAUUUUUGGAAACGGAUCGGCUAUUUGUUCCGGGGACGAUUCACAAGAUUUCUUCGUGGUAACUAUUUACCUGAAACUAAUCGCUGGUGCAGCAAGUGUUAUGUACUAGUGCCGCUACAAAAUGACAACCAGUAUGAAGCAGACAGUUAUAAAAAAUCCAACAUGGUGGAAACGGCGGUCGGCAAUGGAACGAGGCCUGACCAUCGUGGCCGUGACCGGAGUCCUCCUCUGCGUGGCUCUGGCCGUGGGUCUGGCGGUAGUUGCCACUUCUACAGGUCCCUGCGACAUCUCGGCUUCAAAUUCUGUGGCCGCUAACAGAGAGAUGCUACCAUCCACAGCAUCAGCAGCCCUGGAAUAUAACCCAUCGUCUAGAGAGCCAUCGAUAUUCACCAAAGGAGAUGAUGAGAACGAAAUUAUGAUAUGUUUCUCACCGGAAUGCGUUCACACUGCUUCCAAAGUAUUGGAGAACAUGAACCCAGAGGUCGAGCCCUGUGAUAAUUUCUAUGAGUUUGCUUGUGGAGGAUUCGAAGCCUCGACUAUAAUCCCUGAUGACAAAACUAGCGUCAAUACAUUCUCCGUAAUCAGCGAUAAACUUCAGGAACAGUUGAGGGCGAGUAUAGAAGAACCAAUUCGUGAUGACGAGCCAAAGCCCUUCAGGCUUGUGAAGAAUUUGUACAAGGCUUGCAUGAACAAAACUGCCAUCGAAAAGGUGGGCCUGAAACCACUUCACAGAAUUCUGAAACAACUCGGGGGCUGGCCCGUAAUCGAGAAAGACAAUUGGAACGAGAACGACUUCAAUUGGGUGGAUAGUGUUUACAGGUUUCGAAAAAUCGGCUACUCGGUGGAUUACUUUCUCGACUUCAGUAUCGGCGUCGAUUUAAAGAACAGCACUAAACGUAUAAUUGACUUUGAUCAAGCCUCGCUGGGUCUAUCUCGUGAAUAUUUAUCCAAAGGUCCAGAAGACAAAAUAGUCAAGGCUUACUUCGAGUACAUGGUUGACAUAGCGGUGAUCCUAGGAGCCGAUGAAGACAGAGCAAGACGGGAACUGUCCGAUUCCCUAGAAUUCGAAAUCAAGUUGGCAAAUAUUUCGCUGCCUAACGAGAAACGUCGAAACGCUACUCUCCUCUACAACCCCAUGACAGUAGCAGAACUGAAAAAGAAUUACCCCAGCGUAGAUUGGAAGGUUUACAUCAACACCUUGAUGGCGGGCAGAGUACACGUCGAUGACGACGAGAUCGUAAUCGUAAACGUGCCCAGCUACAUCAGCGACCUCGAAACGCUCAUGACGGUUACCCCGAAAAGAGUUCAGGCAAAUUAUGUAAUUUGGAGAGCCACGGGAGCUUCCGUCAGUUACCUGAAUGAACUCAUCAGGAAUAGACAGUUAGACUACUCCACGGCACUGAGUGGUAAGACGGAAAGAGAAGCAAGGUGGAAGGAGUGUGUAGACAUCGUUUCGAGCAGCUUGGCCGGCAGUACUGGUGCUCUUUACGUGAGGAAGUACUUUAAGGAAGACGCAAAGAAGAAUGCGGUUGAAAUGGUCGCUGAUAUUAGGCACGAGUUCACAAAGAUCCUUGAAAAGGUCGACUGGAUGGAUGAGAAAACGAGAAAGGCUGCCCUGGAAAAAGCUGCGUCAAUGGCAACUCACAUCGCUUACCCGGACGAGCUUCUCGACGAUAAGAAACUCGAGGAAUUCUAUGACGGUCUGGAGCUCAGCCCCAAUGAUUACAUGGGCAGCAUCCUUAAUCUGACUCUUUUUGGAACCGAAUAUUCCUUCGAAAGGCUAAGAAAACCAGUAAACAAAAGUGACUGGGUCAGCCAUGGCCGUCCAGCGAUUGUCAACGCAUUCUAUUCUUCGAUUGAAAAUAGUAUUCAAUUUCCGGCUGGUAUCCUGCAGGGAGCUUUCUUCAAUAACGAUCGCCCCCGGUACAUGAACUACGGUGCAAUUGGUUUCGUUAUUGGCCACGAGAUAACCCAUGGGUUUGAUGACCAGGGUAGGCAGUUCGAUAAGGAGGGAAAUCUGGUGGACUGGUGGGAGUCGGAAACGAAGGAAAGGUACUUGGAAAAAGCAGAAUGCAUCAUCUAUCAGUACGGGAAUUACACGGUGGAAUCUGUUGGACUGAACUUGAACGGGAUCAACACCCAAGGUGAGAACAUUGCCGACAACGGCGGAAUCAAGGAAGCGUACCUGGCCUACAAGGAUUGGGUAAAGAGAAACGGCCCCGAGCCCAAGCUGCCAGGUCUUAAGUACACGCCUGAGCAAAUGUUCUGGGUUAGCGCUGCCAACACUUGGUGCAGCAAGUACCGACCGGAAGCAAUAAAGCUCCGCAUCACGACUGGCUUCCAUAGUCCGGGAGAGUUUAGGGUUCUUGGACCGUUAUCGAACAUGAAGGAAUUCGCCGCGGAUUUCAACUGCCCGAUAGGUUCGGCUAUGAAUCCGGAACGGAAAUGUUCAGUUUGGUAGACUUUGACAGUCUAAUUCGUUUGCAAGUCACGACGUGUUGUGCGUUGGUUAUAGAAAAUUACAACUUUCGUCAAUUUUCCGAUCAACAAGCUUGGGUUUUCCGUCGAAGAU